CAGGUGCUUUCCGACMAGCGGGUCCACAAACCAMAAUGAAGAAKCAACAACAACAGCAACAUCGACGSCCGGAGACCGGCAUUCUGCUGGUCCUCCACGGGAACAAGCAAACGGGCGAGUUGCUGCUGGGGCGGAUCGGCCGGCUGGCCAAGAAACUGGAAAAGGAAUUCGGCCUCAYCGCCGUGGCACCGGACGGUCCCUUUCCCGCCGACCUGUCGGAAGACKUCGGCGGCGAUMRGAACCACCUGCGGACGUGGUGGAAGCGAGACGGCGACCACUACGCGGGACUCGACGACAGCCUGGAAUCCCUCCGGGCCUUCCAGCAGGGAAAGAAGGUGGAAGGGAUCCUGGGCUUCUCGCAGGGGGCCCGRCUGGCCCACCUGCUGGCCACCCUGCACCGGCGGCUCCCGGGGGAAUGGUUCCCGCACCUGAGGUUCGUCGUCUUUGCCUCGGGGUACGCCGCGCCGACCCCGCCGGAGCUGCUUCCCUACCUGCCGGGGGGCAACGCCGGAGGCACCGAGCCGCCGCUGCUGCCUUCCCUGCACACCUGGGGGUCGGGGGACGAGCUGGUCACCCCGGACGAAUCCGAGGCCCUGGCAGCCCUCUAUCCCGAGAGCAGGGUGUACGUCCACCCARGGAGGCACCACGUCCCCACCAAGGGAUCGGAACUCCCGGUGUACGUCGAUUUCAUACGGGAGGCCCUGUUGCCGCCGCCGCCGUCGUCGUCGUCGUCACCGCAACCGGGAGCCGGAGGAUCCGGGGAAACCGAACCCCCGGCGUCGCGAUCAUCGCCAGCGCAAGAAAUCGACGAGAACGCCAUCCCCGACGAGGAAACAGCGGCGAUGCAGCGCGACGAGAUCCAGGCCCUGGAAGCCAUAUAUCCGGGAGCCAUCGAUCUCCGGUCGGGACGACGAACCUCGGACGACGACGACGACGACGACGACGACGACGAAGAGGUGUUUGACUUUCCCAUUUCGUAUCGCAUCACGCUGAACCACAUGGAAAUGGACCACGACGGUGAAGCUCCCGCGAGCGACACCACGAACUGGCCGAAACAUCCGCUGACGGUCGAAAUCACGUAUCCGGUGAACUAUCCGUCCGACGACCUCGAGGCCCACGCGGAACACACCACGGUUCCYGCCUUUCGGCUGCUGCACCAGAACACCGUCUUUGAAUUCCCGUCCUCCGUCUCGGCGCAGCUGGUCUCCGUCCUGCAGACCACGUCUCGCAACGAACGGGGGAUGCCCUGUGUCUUGUCGUGCCUGUACGCCGGAAGGGACUUUCUGGACCAGGACCGCGACUGGAAGGAAUCCGCUCUGCCGGCUUGUGCUCCGGAGAGCGGGGCCGGCAGCGAACMCACGGACGGMUCCGGGGAGGGCUCCGYGGCCGUCGGCGAGGAAGGCYCCGCCCAUCGGGAACACCACCCGCUCAUCCGGGCCUCGUCGRYCGCGGAGAUCCGGAAAGGAACCCUGGAGGGACUGGAAAUCGCCGAGGGCCUCUUGCGAGAGUCCACGAGGGCCRCGAARGAAGGUGCCUCCGGAAGCAACGGCAACGAYGCCGGCGGGAGCCGCGGGGGCGGCUAUUUUGGAGCCUACACGAUCGGCCUCGUCGGAAAACCCAGCGCGGGAAAGUCGACCUUUUUCAACGCCGCCACCGCCUUUAGCCGGCAGAGGGGCCAGCACGGGGAGGCCGCCUCCGGAGGCAAACCCGGCGAGAACCAGAACGCCGCGCCCGGGUCCUCCCGGGGAAGCGGGUCCGACCUCGGCGGGGCGAGCAUGGCGGCGCACCCCUUUACCACGAUCGACCCRAACGUCGGGUACUGCCUGGUCCCGGCACCACCCGGUUCCUGCCCGGAGGACGACCACGGAGGCGGGGAGCUCUCGGAGGGGUGCGGAUCGACGCACGGCCGGGAUCCCCACGGCCGGCGGUUCCUGCCGGUCCUGCUGAAGGACGUCGCGGGCCUGGUUCCCGGUGCCUACGAGGGCCGGGGCCGGGGCAACCAGUUCCUGAACGACCUGACCGAUGCCAACGUGCUGAUCCACGUCGUGGACUCGUCGGGGAGCGCCGAUGCCUCCGGAAACAAGAUCGUCGUCGAGGGCGGCGACGAGACGGGGGGCAGCGGCGAUCCGCAGCAGCAUCAGCAGCGCACGGAUCCCCUGGACGACCUGGCCUGGAUCCGGGCGGAACUCGUGGAAUGGGURUAUUCCAACCUCGUUGCCAAGUGGGCGGUCAUCUCCCGGAAGGGGCGGUCGAAGCURGCGGGCAUGUUUAGUGGGUACGGACAGAAACCGGAAAUGGUGGAGGCGGCCUUUUCGGCGCUGGAGGGCUUUCUGGCGGAACGCUACCAGCGCGACCGCGCCCUCGACAAGAUACACGAGUGGGACGAGUGCGAYGUCCACAGGCUGGUCAGCCUCUUCCUCGGCGUGCGCUUUCCGAUGGCCCUGUGCCUCAACAAGUACGACCUCUCGUCCGCCAGGGGCUUUGUCGAUAAGAUCCAGGAGUCGCUUCCGGUGCACGGUGCACACGCCGGCGUGCCCUUGUCCGCGCGAAAGGAAAUGGAGUUCGUGAGGGAGCAAAUGGCCGYGGAAAAGCUGUCGGGGGGRGCACCSCCUCCGGGCGCCGCUUCCGGCACACCGCCCCUGGGGGUGUGGGAGUGCCUGGCCUCGGCCGUUGAAUUGAGRGAACCAAUACUGGUGUUCCCCGUCAGCGACRUGGYGACCAUGGCUCCUAUGAMMGSCCUGARCAAGGUAGCGACCGGCGAUCCSUCUCUUCCCACCAGCGGCAUGAUUCGGUGCAUCGAGGCCUCCGGCGGAUCCGCUCCCAGCUGCUGGAAUUCCCGAGACGGACAAUACGCAGCRCCCGGUYCCGGGGAGGGCAAGCGCGGGGACGCGGUGCAAAGGCUCCGGGACGCCGUCCCGAUGAAGCCCGGGUCUACCGUGGAAGACGUGUUCCUGGCGCUCAAGCGGCUGGGAGCGCUGAGCGGGGAGUUYGUCCGGGCGGAGGCCUCMUCGGGUGCCCCCGGCGAGCGGCCCAAGCCGGUGCCCAAGCACGAACCCAUGGGCCGGAACAACCGGGUGAUCAAGAUCAUGACCAACAAGCGCACGCAGUGGCAGUCCUCGGCUCCCGCGACAAAGGAACGCAGCCGGUACCAGGGCAAGAAAUAAUAGCAGCACCCGCACGAAUAGAAUAGAGGAUAACGA